ACACUCAUCUCUCUCUAUAAAUAUCUUCUCCCCACAACAUGCUUUCUUUUUCUCCUCUCCCUCCAUUCUCACAAUCCCCUCAUCUCUCUGUUCCCUUCCGGGCGAUCUCGCCGCCUCUCCGGCCGCCAUUGUUGCAGGUUUUUUUGAACUUCCAAGGUUCAAAGAUUAGCUGCGAGUGUUGAAGGAAUUAGAUGAAUAUGGACGGUCAUGUUACUAAAGAGUUUGGACUGAAGAAUGUCAGCUCCAGUUGCUCCAUCUCGGAGAUGGACUAUGAUCUCUCGAAGCUUCUUGACAAGCCAAGGCUGAACAUAGAGAGGCAGAGAUCCUUUGACGAGAGGUCACUGAGUGAAAUGUCCGUUGGCCUAGCCCGAGGUUUGGAUAAUUAUGAAACUGCUUACUCGCCCAGCAGGUCUGGGUUGGAUACCCCGGUUUCUUCCACCCGCAACUCUUUUGAACCCCAUCCAAUGGUUGCCGAGGCAUGGGAUGCUCUGCGCCGGUCUUUGGUAUAUUUUAGAGACCAACCUGUGGGUACAAUCGCUGCAAAUGAGCACGGUUCUGAAGAGGUCCUAAAUUAUGAUCAGGUUUUUGUUCGUGAUUUUGUACCUAGUGCUCUGGCCUUCCUAAUGAAUGGUGAGCCUGAUAUCGUUAAGAAUUUCCUGCUCAAGACACUUCUGCUUCAAGGUUGGGAAAAGAAAGUGGACAGAUUCAAGCUUGGCGAAGGGGUUAUGCCAGCCAGUUUCAAAGUUCUUCACGAUCCAGUUCGUAAGACUGAUACAAUCAUUGCGGACUUUGGCGAGAAUGCAAUUGGAAGAGUCGCUCCAGUGGACUCGGGAUUUUGGUGGAUAAUUCUUCUGCGUGCAUAUACAAAAUCUACUGGAGACACAACUCUCGCUGAAAGACCGGAGUGCCAAAAGGGAAUGAGGCUUAUUUUGAGUUUGUGUUUGUCAGAAGGGUUCGAUACAUUUCCUACUUUGCUGUGUGCUGAUGGAUGCUCGAUGAUCGAUAGAAGAAUGGGAGUUUAUGGUUAUCCGAUUGAAAUUCAAGCGCUCUUCUUCAUGGCACUGAGAUGUGCUUUGGCAAUGUUAAAGCCCGACGCAGAAGGAAAAGAAUUUAUCGAGCGAAUAGUAAAACGUCUACAUGCCUUGAGUUACCAUAUGAGGAGUUAUUUCUGGCUCGACUUCCAGCAAUUAAAUGACAUAUACCGUUUUAAAACUGAAGAGUAUUCUCAUACUGCAGUAAAUAAGUUCAAUGUCAUUCCAGAUUCAAUCCCGGAUUGGGUAUUUGAUUUUAUGCCUACGCGUGGGGGUUACUUUGUUGGCAAUGUUAGUCCCGCGAGGGUGGAUUUUAGAUGGUUUGCGUUAGGUAACUGUGUUGCCAUUUUGGCAUCUCUUGCCACUCCCGAGCAAGCCUCUGCGAUCAUGGAUCUUAUUGAAGCACGCUGGGAGGAGCUCGUAGGGGAAAUGCCUCUAAAAAUAUCGUACCCCGCGCUCGAGAAUCAUGAAUGGAGAAUCGUGACUGGCUGUGAUCCCAAAAAUACUAGAUGGAGUUACCAUAACGGAGGCUCUUGGCCAGUUCUCUUGUGGCUGGUGACUGCUGCCUGCAUCAAGACAGGGCGGCCACAGAUUGCAAAACGAGCGAUUGAUCUAGCUGAGAGCCGCUUGCUGAAGGACGGGUGGCCAGAAUACUACGAUGGAAAGCUCGGAAGAUAUAUCGGGAAACAGGCUAGGAAGCAGCAGACAUGGUCCAUCGCUGGAUACCUGGUGGCAAAGAUGAUGCUCGAGGAUCCUUCGCACCUCGGGAUGAUUUCUUUGGAAGAGGACAGGCAAAUGAAGCCGAUAAUAAAGAGAUCGUCGUCGUGGACAUGCUGAUGGACCGACCGAGGAAACCAAAUACAUAAUAAUUAGCAUAAAGGAACAGAGAAA